AAUCAAGAAAGUAACUCUCAAACUCCAGGGCUAUUUGCUCUCUUCUGGUCUCUGCCUCCGUCUUGCUCACCCCCCUAUCCGCCGCGCCUCCAAGCCCCACCCACCGUCGGCGUCUUCCUCCCUCGCCUUCGCCGCCUGGCAUGAGGACGGGGCGGCCCAAGAUCGGCGACCGGGCGACGAGCGACGUGGUGGUGCGGCUCCGGACGCCGGAGGGCCGCGACGAGUGGCUCUACUGCCACUCCGCCGUCCUCGCCGCCGGCAGCACCUACUUCGCCGACCGCCUCUCCGACUCCUGGCCGACGUGCCAGAUCCUCGGCUCGCGCUACUGCGUCGAGGUCUACUGCCAGGAGCCCGAUCUCAGCUCCCACGUCAACGUGCUCCGCCUCCUCUACGCUGCCGAGCCCUGCUCCCGCUUCGGCGUCCGCGGCGCGCUCGGCGUCCUCCAGGCCGCCGUGCACCUCGGCUGCAGCCAGAUCACCGCCGCGUGCGCUGGCUACCUCGAGUCCGCCCCCUGGGACGAGGCGGACGAGGAGGAGAUACUGAGGGCCGUCCCCUGCCUCGGCCCACAGUAUGACUGCAUCCUUGCGCGUCUCCGCCCGAUUGAUCCAGCGCCGGUGACCAGCAUCUUCCUCUCGGCCUUCCGGCACGCAACGCGCCCGUCGGCAGCCGGGCCGGCGCGGGAGCUCAAAUCUGCAGCUCAGGAGCAGCUGGAGUACAUGCUCACCGAAGACGACGACGCGCCAUUGCUAGCCCUUGACAACGACAAUGUGAAGUCUCAAGUGAAGGAUUGUGUUACAGGUUUACUGAGUAGGUUCAGUGAUUUCAUGAGUUCUAUCCUGACGAAAAAAAAGGAGGUGCCUUUAGGCGACUAUGGCGAGCUUCAGCAGGAGUUGCUUUCUUAUGUUUGUGACGUCUCCUGGGUCUGUCAGGUCUUGAGCAAGCUCGAGAUGAUGAAGUGCCUCGUUCUCUACUGGGUUGGAGUGUCCUCCGAUGUCGUUGAAGCUGUCGAGGCAGUUUGCACGGGGUUCGACUGUCUGAAGACCAGGCUGAAGGUGGUAGAGGUGUCUGCAAAGGUCCUGGAGGCAGUUGCAUUUGGCAAUAUUGUCCUUGCAACUGAGAAGCGUCAUCAUGCGGUGAAUGUUUGGAUUGGCUUUGCAGGAAGAACGAAGUCUUUGGUUGAUCAGGCUGAUCGUGAUGAUGAUGGCAACGCUGAGACACCAAAUGUGAACUUGGACAGCGAGGUCUGGCAGGGUCUAGAAUCAGCAAUUGUUUCGAUUGUACUAACACUGCCGUCAAAUAUUCAAGCUGAGAUUUUGUCAGAGUGGCUUCAGUCGAAGCAUGUUAGAUAUCCCGACUUGACAGAGGCUUUUGAAGCCUGGUGUUAUAGAUCAAAGGUUGCAAAAAGAAGGCUAUCUUUCUUGAGCAACAUUGAUCGGGUAUCUUGAUUCUGAACUUGUUCAAGCACUCUGUGGAAAAUGCCUUCUUUCCCAUCUGUAUGCCGUGUAUAGUUUUUAUCAGCAACAAGGUUAGCCGGUAAGGUUCAAGCUGGAGUGGACUCUGAGGCUUAUCAUAGAUAAGAUCGAUCAUCUGCCUUUCACUGAAACAA